AUGGGGUGUCCGAAUCUCCCCUUCGAGAUCAUCAUGAUAGUCUCAACGUAUCUGAACAAAGGAACCCCCAAUUCGAUAGUCCAAACCAGCAGAACAGUAGCUAGGGCGUUGACACCCCGACUAUGUGAUCUCGCUCUCUCGCCGGAUAACCUAUUGACAACCCGCUAUGCCACAGUUGAUUGGAUUAAACCCCUCCGCACGAUACCAGCUGCUGUAUUCAAUCACCGAGUCUGGUCCUGUGCGGCGAAAUGGAAACCCGACCCGAUCAUUCAUUACAUGCUCACAAGAUUCAAAUACGACUCACUAUGUCUAAGACUGCUCUCCGAAGAUACACUAGACAGACUAAUUGCGAGGUAUUACCCACUGCUGCACCUUGUGGCCGCCACCGGGAAUCUGGCGAUUACUCGAGCACUGAUCGAUGCUGGCGCACCAGUCGAGGCAAGGUUUGAAGGGCUGGGCACCCCACUACAGAUCGCUUGGUCGCAAGGCCACGAGCAUAUUGCCGAGUACCUGCUCGACUGCGGCACGGGUAUCCUGAAAUCAUUGCUUCAGCGCCUUAUUCAUGCUACUCGAUCGGCCGGAGGAGAUCCCUUCCACCCUGAUGACACCGGCUCCACACCGUUAUCGAGCGCCGCUUACUGCGGUAAUAUGGGCGCGGUGGAAGUAUUCCUAGAAAUGGGCGCUGAUCCUACGAUUCCUGAUCCGCGCAGACAUUAUCCUGUCCACAGCGCGCUUUGGGGCCGCCAUGGGGCCAUCGCCAAGCUUUUGAUCGAUCGAAUGCUCGAAAUGGGAGGGGACAUAUCAUUACCUGCAUUGAAUGGUAGCACGUUACUACACGAGGCCGUCCAGCAUGAGAACGAAAAUUUUAUCCGUUACCUUCUGAAGUCUGGUGCAAAUGUUAUGGCAGCUGAUAUUUUCGGUCAAACACCACUGCACAACGCCAUCCAAUAG